GCCAAGGGCGUGUCACCGCCCGGGUAGCGGGGAGCGCGGCGGCGUGGCAGGAGAAGAGACAACCGGGGACGGCCCUUGAAAGAUCAGGAGCACAUGGGCCUGCGGGAAUGGCGCUGACAGCAGGCUCCGCGCCGGGCCAGACCGCGUUACCUUCGCCCCAAUGGACGCCACCAACAUCUGGGCGUCCCUGCCAGCCAAGCCGCCACUGCGCAGCCGCGCCCGAGGACCAGCAGGUGGGCGGGGCCACGAGUCGGAUGUGCCCUUUACUACAGACCCUUCCGGAAACCCAGCUGGCCGGAACUGCCUGGAGUUCCUGCCUCCAGGCGGAGCCUCUGGUUGCUCGGCAACCCGUGGGAGCGCGACUGACUCGCUCCAAGUUCCCGGGAGAAACCCUAGGGUACCCGCGACCUGCUGCUGGGGCCCGCUCGCAUCCCGCCCCCUUCCCCGUGAGCGGCAGUCUCUCGGGUCGCAGCAUCCCUGCCCCUGGCACUACUUACACGUCUCCGGCUACAACGACUCCUUAGCCCCCACCUGCUUCAGAGCCCACCUUCACCAAAGGGGAGGCGACUCGACCCCCAACAUGGCGUCGGCGGUGACAGACCGUAACCCUCGGGCGGCCGAGGCCUCAGGCACCUACACCUAUACUAGCAGGCCCCGGGCCGUGGCUUGCCAGCGCCGCCGCUACCGGGAUAGCAUUUUGCAGCCAGUUGAAGAACCUAUGAAUUAUGGGAACAUCAUGUAUGACAGGAGGGUGAUCCGAGGCAACACUUAUGCACUGCCCACAGGACAGGUGCCUGGACAGCCUGAUCCUCUAGAGCUUCAGCGACAGCAGCAGGCCAGGAGAAGGGCUCUUGCCAGAAAACGGGCCCAGGAGCAGCUCAGACCACGGACGCCUGAGCCCGUGGAGGGCAGGAAGCAUGUGGACGUGCAGACAGAAUUAUACCUUGAAGAAAUUGCUGACCGCAUAGUGGAAGUCGACAUGGAAUGCCAGACAGAUGCAUUUCUGGACAGACCACCAACACCCCUCUUCAUUCCUGCCAAAACCGGCAAAGAUGUGGCCACUCAGAUCCUAGAAGGAGAGCUUUUUGACUUUGAUCUUGAAGUCAAGCCAAUGUUAGAGGUUCUGGUGGGGAAGACAAUUGAGCAGGCCCUUUUAGAGGUGAUGGAAGAGGAGGAGCUAGCCAACCUGCGGGCCAGUCAGUAUGCAUAUGAAGAAAUACGCAACGUGGAGCUGGCUGAAGUGCAGCGACUGGAAGAGCAAGAGAGAAGGCACCGAGAGGAAAAGGAACGCCGUAAGAAACAGCAGUGGGAGAUUGUACAUAAGCAGACUGAGACGUCACAAAAGAUCUCGGCUCGUGCAUUCGCUCAGCGGUACCUGGCUGACCUUCUCCCAUCUGUCUUUGACAGUCUCAGGAAUAGUGGCUACUUUUAUGAUCCAAUUGAAAGAGAUAUUGAGGUAGGAUUCCUUCCAUGGCUAAUGAAUGAAGUUGAAAAAUCCAUGGAACACAGCAUGGUGGGAAGAACUGUGCUUGACAUGUUGAUCCGUGAAGUGGUUGAAAGAAGGAUCAAUGAUUACGAGCGUAAGGAAACCACGCAGCCUGCUCAGAGGACACAAGAGGUGGUUAAUGGUCCUAACACAGUGACAGAUCCCUCGGUGAGUUUAGAAUUACAGGAGCCAACCACAUUGCACACAGACAAAGUCUCCUCACAGACAACACCAUUCCAAGAAAGGAAGCCUGUGGAAGAGGGGGAUCCCUUAUGGCAGAGUGACCAAUCAGAUCUGAGGGAGUCUGUAGGGGAGGAACUGUCACAACCAGAUGGAUCACUGGAUCCCGAGAGCAGCUCAACAUCUGGUCAGUAAUAAUGCAAGUCAGGUACUAGUGCAUGUGACCCAGACUUUAGAAAUGUGUUACUUAGCCACCAAAUCUUUUUGUCUUGUUGGUAAACAAAUCAAUUCUGAUU